AUGCCCGAUCGCUGCCGUGACGUCGCCAACGGCCAGAAGGCCGACUUUCCGGGAGGGCCGUACGGCAUUGAGGUCUUCAACGUCCACUACGCCGACUGCGACACGGCCUGGGUCAUGUGCCGCCACAACCAGGCCGAGAUUAGUAGGGAGCAGAUGAUCGACCUUUUCGGGAGGAUGCCGGUGCGCAUGCGACAGUGGAUUCGCCUGAUUAUUGGCAACCCGGACUACGGCGACGUCUGGCUCUGGGGGGACGCGCAGAACUACCCGACGCUUUGGGUCCACGAGAUGGCGCACGCGCUGGAUUAUCAGGCUGCCCCGGGCCCCACCCGGUUGUCGUCGAGCCAGCGGUGGCUUGAUGCAUACAACAACGACGCUGCCAUAUCCGACGGCUACGCCGCGAAAGACCAGAAAGAGAACUUUGCCCAGGAAACGGUCAUUGCCCUCUUCGACACCGUCGUUCCCGGCGGCAUCGGCACCGUUGUUCCCAACUGGGCAGUCAUAUACAACCAGCACUCGACGGUCCGCAGCGCCCUCGGGGACAACCUGGUCCCCGGAGGGAGGUGCGGGGCGCGCAAGCCCGACGCAGGGAUCGUCUGCAUGGGCCCGGCGGCGCCCUGCGGCCAGCGCCAGGUCGGUCAGCGCGCCUCACCAACCAUCGCCACGGCCGUCGUGAAAGUUUCGAGGAUGCCGCCCCCGGAGGGCCCGGGGGUGCUAGCCGCCGAUGGAGAGCGAUUUUGGCAGUGA